AUGAGGUUGUGCGUAGGGUCUCUGCUUACGGUAGCCGGUGCCGUGUGCGCCAGCGUGCCAUCUCUAAAGGCGCCGGCAUGUUCCGCUGGGAAGGGCACUGUUCAAUAUAACAAAUCCGUACCUGAUGAGGCCAGCUUCCCGAAGACUCAGGUCGAUAUCUGCUACGAUGAUACUUCAAUCCAUGCAACUUUCACCGCAUUUGAGGAGGUGAACUAUUAUUUCAACGAAAGCCAGACAACUAACGACGCUAUCUGGGCGUACGAAGUAAUGGAGGGUUUCAUCUAUCGCGGGACCAACGACCCGCAGACUUACCUAGAGUUCGAAGUCAGCCCGAACAACGUCACUUUCCAGGCCUGGAUCUACAACAGGUCUAAGGUGCGCGCGGCCGGCGCCCCGAUGGACACUUCUUUCUUGACCCAGCCGGUGGUCGACGGCCUGACAGCCGAGACGACGCUGGACAAGGAGGCGCAAACCUGGGUUUCGACGGCCAAGAUCCCGCUCGGACUCUUCAACGUUGACGACGGACAGGCGAAGGGGACGUCGUGGAGGAUGAACUUCUUCCGCACCGUCGUAGCGCCGGACACGUUCCCGGACCAGUUACUUGGUGCGUGGAGUCCGACUAACGAGUCGAAUUUUCACAUGACGCCUUUCUUCGGGCAUGUCGAUUUCAUUUAA